GUGUCAGAACAGCUUCCCUUAGCUACUAGCUCCAUCUCCCUGGAGCCAGAGGGAACUCCGAAGGUGACCGCAGAGUCUGCGUCUGGAGCAGCGGGUCCCCACUCGGUGGGUCUGGCUGUCCUGCUGGAAAAGCAAAGGCUCAGGUCCAACCACUCAGUAGAGAGAAGAACAGAGACGCUGAGGAGCCUGGUGCACACCGCUGCUGCACAGAGCCUCAUGAAGCCUGUAGGGGAACCGGGAUCAGAGAGCAGCAAGCGCUCUGCGCCUAAGGAGGGCGCCUUCACCCGAAGCCGCUGACGCCCAGGGAGACCUCUUUGCUUAUUCCUGGACUAAAACGCUUCUCGGAAUAUCCAGAAUGAUGUUCCCGAAAUUGAUCUGGAUGGGUUUCUUCUGCCACCUGUGUCGAGGCUACUUUGAUGGCCCCUUGUACCCAGAAAUGUCUAAUGGGACUCUGCAUCAUUACUUCGUGCCUGAUGGAGACUACGAGGAGAAUGAUGACCCUGAGAAAUGCCAGCUGCUCUUCAGGGUGAGUGAUCGCAGGCGCUGCUCCCAGGGGGAAGGGGGUCAAGCCAGUAGCUUGCUGAGCCUCACUCUUCGAGAGGAGUUCACAGUGCUGGGCCGCCAGGUGGAGGAUGCUGGGCGCGUCCUGGAGGGCAUCAGCAAAAGCAUCUCCUACGACCUGGAUGGGGAAGAGAGCUACGGCAAGUACCUGAGGCGGGAGUCCCACCAGAUUGGGGAUGCCUACUCCAACUCUGACAAGUCCCUCACUGAGCUGGAAAGCAAGUUCAAGCAGGGCCAGGAGCAGGAUAGCCGGCAGGAAAGCAGACUCAAUGAGGACUUCCUGGGGAUGCUGGUCCACACCAGGUCCUUGCUGAAGGAGACACUGGGCAUCUCUGUGGGCCUCAGAGACAAAUACGAGCUGCUGGCACAUACCAUCAGGAGCCACGGGACCCGCUUAGGUCGACUGAAAAGCGACUAUCUGGAGGGCGGGGGGCAGAAGAUGGGCUAAUAUUUCCAUUGUAAUUGCUUUAUUUUAUCCAAAUUUGCACUUUCAGAACGCGUCUGAAGUCAUCUUUCAAAAAGAAUGAAAACUUUAAUAAGUUGAGUUAUUCUGAUUUUGUUUUGGUUCCGUGCAUUAUUUAUGUUAUUAUUAAGGAUUUUUCACGUGCGAAAAGCAAUUUUAAACUAAUCCCUGGGUUAUUUCCUAAAGGGUUUCAUAGCUCUAACAGAAUCAUUUCUUUCGUCCUUAUCUAAAGGAUGCAUUUUGUGUGGAAGGACUGAUUAACGUUCCUCCUCCUGAUUAUUGUCUGGACAUGCCGGGUGGGGGGGGGGGGACGAGGUGGGUGACUCUUCUGCAUCAGUAGCCUUCUCUUUGGUCUCUGAAGGCUGAGGCGCCUGUUUUUCAGAUGAGUCCCAGGUGUGUCACACGCCUGCCAGCCAAGGAAGUUACGUGAUUCUCCUUUCGCUCUUAUUUAUUUACCAUGUUCUUAGUUUUUUUCUGUUUUGUUGUAAGAUGGUCAUUGAGAAUUUGCCUGCAAAUCACCACCAGUAAGAUGCUCAAGGUUCCAUGGUCAGUUUGUGCAAGUUGAUGUAAGAUGCAGCAUUUAAGAUAGCAAGCCGUUGGGGGCAGUUCUGUUGCACGGUCAAGGAAACAGACUGCUCCUCAAGUGUCUGUGAUUUAGGUUGCAAGCAUAUAUUUUUCUUCUCGGGCUCGGGUAGUAGUGCUUCUUUUUGCUUAUCGGAAACUUACAUUUCAAAAGGGAGGGUCUAACUCUAGAAACCCUUGACGUAAGUUUUAUUAUUCAGCCAAUAAAUGUUUUGAUAUAAUACUGGCUUAUUUUCUAAUUUACAGUCAGAACUCUCAUAUUUCCAAAAGGGACCAGUGCAAGGGAGAGAGGAGUUGGGAUUGAGGUCAGUUGAUCAGAGUAUAGAAUAAGGAUGAGAUUUCAAAAAGAAAGAAAAGAGGGAGAGGGUGCUGUAUUUUUGAGUGCCUUACCCUGUCUGCUCACUUACACCAUCCUGGUAAAGAGGAGUGGGCUUUAGCCUGUACCGGAACUGUACAUUUGAUUUCUAUUCGUCUGAUGGAAAAAUCUUAAAUUUUUCCCUUUUUUUUCAUAGACUCUAUUGGAAAUGUGUAUUAAAAAAAGGUCCAUAUCUCACUCUAGAGAGGCAGUGAGUGUUACAUACAUCCUGUGUUAGCGAUGCCUAACCAUUUGAAAGCUAUUUCUGUGCUCUUAAAAUAAAUGAAUUAAAAUUUGAAAACUCA